UCCGAAGUCCGAACGCAACGCCGACCGCGCGCCGCCGCAUUGCCACCCCCUCGCCGCGCGCCGCCGCCGCUCCCACCCGUUCCUUUCAAACCGGUCGAUCACCCCGCUAACCCCCCACCGUUUAUCCUUGCUCUUUGUCCCUGGUUGUGCUCAGCGUCUGGUUCCGCCAGUAGCCCCAUGGCUGCCCCGCGCGCCGCGGUGGCGUCGGCGAAGCAGGUGACGAGGCAGAACUUCGCGGAGGCCGUGCGGGAGCUGCGGGCCCACCUGGAGGCGUGCGACUACGUGGCCGUGGCGGCGCAGAAGACCGGCGCCCCGACGGGGUGGCGCCGCGCGCUGCCGGUGGACACUGCGGAAACGGCGUAUCUCAAGGCCAAGCUCGCCGCAGAGUCCUUUCAGCCACUCCAGUUCGCCGUCUGUCCCUUCAGGCUGCGCAGCUCUUCCCCGUCUACCCUUGUGGCCUACCCGUACAAUUUUCAUUUAUUUCCUAGAGAUGAACUACAGCUCGGAAUGCCUUCAUACAGUUUCUCUUGUCAAUCAUCUUAUUUAUCAACUAUGGCUAAUGAUGGUUUUGAUUUCAAUAUGUGCAUCUAUGAUGGUAUUUCUUAUCUAUCAAGGGUUCAAGAAUCUUUAGCAAGGCAAAAGAUAUUUACUUCUCGUCCUCAACAAUUGUUGCCAUCUCCAAGCACAUCAGUUUCUGAUUCAGUUUUUGUGAAUAGAAUAAAGUCUAAGAUAUUGCACUGGCGAAAAGGAUAUGCUGACCCAAGUAAAAAAGAUGAUGGUUCUUUGGUUAGUUCUCUUAGCAGAUUAAUUCUGGGUGGUGAAACAUAUGGUUCCAGGCCCAGUAUGAGUAUUGAUGUCUGCAGUGAUCGGCAAGUUCAACUGGUCUUGGAGGCAGUAAACCAGAUCUCUGAUGACCUUGUAUCUCUCGUUGUUCCGCACAAAGCUGGAGCUGCUAGGUUUGUGCGUGUGAUCUUUACUAAUUCGAAAGAGGAUAAGAAUCUUCUCCUGAUGGAUAUCCAGAAACUAGAAGAUGAACAAAACUUUAAAUUCCGUGGAUUUCGAGAAGUUAUUGAUCUACUAUCAUCUUCACAGAAGCCUAUCAUAUCGUACAAUUGCUUGAAUGAUAUGACAAUGCUGCACUCCAAAUUCAUUGCGCCUCUUCCGCCAAACAUGCAUGAAUUUUUGUGUUCUCUAAAAAUGGUCUUCUCUAAUGUUGUUGAUAUCAGCCACCUGUGGAGGCAAAUUGGCCCUUUGAGAAAAGCGAAGAAUAUACAAGCCGCUCUCAGUUACUUACAAAGGCAGUACUGUGUGCCAAUUGAAAUAGAAAUACCACAGCAAGAUGGCACCAGCAGUGUAACAAAAAAUGAGAAAAAUGUUCUGAGAAUAACAAAGUUAUUUGCUAAACUAAGUAAUUUACUGAAAAUCAGUCCUGAGUGCCAACUGCAAUCUCAUGAGCAGUGCACCGCAGUAGAAGAAUACUGUAACAUCUUCUAUCCAAGUUGUGUGGUCGAAGGUUCUGAUGAUGCUAACUUUGCUAUUGAGUCAGACACCACGGAAAUUGUGAGCACUGAUAACAUCAUCUUCUUGUGGGGCUUUAGGGAAAAAUCUGUCAAGGAGUUAAAACCUUACCUUAUUGGCUUACAUCAAGCCUUCUCAGAAGAUUUUGAGGUCAAGUUGUUGGAUAAGACAUGCUCAGCUUUGAUAUUCCGUGAUUCUAAUACUGCAACGCAGUUACUAAAAGAAAUAAACUCAGAAGGCCCCUCGCUAAAUAGAUUCUUAUCAGAAGGUCUGAAAGCUGCAGGUUUUGAAGUGUACAGAAAGGUCUGCAGGUUAGGACUUUGGGAUUCAGAUUUAGCGGAGGUCCUCGAGGAUGUUUCAACUGAGCUAGGUGUUCCAACGCUUCCUGCGUGCAGCACCUCUCGGACAUACUGGAAUAGUGCAUUGAUGCUGGAUCUGAAGGAGUAUCUGGAAUACUAGAACAUUAUAUAGACCCUGAUAUCUUUUACCAGGUUCUAAGAUUAAUGAGAGGUCCCCUCAAGAUUCAAGAAACAGCAGCAGGCCACAUCAGGUGAGUGAAACCAGAGGUGAAGCUUGCAUUUUUCAGGACAUUUGGUAUUCAAUUUGGGUCAAACUUGAUUUUUGACAUUGCAAUUAUACAAGAUAUCAGCAAGUUUUUCAGCAUAAUGGCUGGCCUAUCUUUGAACUGCAGGCACCUUCAUGUGCGGAGAUAAUUAUUGCUUUAUUAUGAUGUCAUCAUUGCGGAGUGUCUGAACUAUGCUUCUCUUGCUUUAUGCAAGCCUCAAUAGCAGCAUUGAUAUUCUGGUUUCCAGUUUAAGCUGGCCAAUGUUUGACUUGAUUACUGCAUGCUGGCCACAAUGGCAUCUGUCCAGCAUAAAUGGGCAGUAUGCAAGAGGCAGUGAGGUACCCUCCGUGUGGCUCCGUAUGAAAAGUCAGUGCUGGAAUGCUAAGUACCGACCUUGUUCUCGGCAUCACGCAUGGGAUCCCCAAUAGUUCAAUGGAACCUGGAAGUUGGUUUCUCUAGCAGUCAGGCAGUUGUGAACAGAAGCUACUUUUUCUCCUGCCUAAUUACCUUGUGUUUUUUUGUGCUUGGAAUUUGAAAACACGAGAUAUAGAUGGGGGCCUUGCAAUUGUAUGCCACGUAGCAUAUACAAUAUUAAAGUCGCCUUUUGAUAUCAAGGGCACGUUCAGGCAGUCAGCAUGGCGAAAGUAUGGUAUAAUCAUGCCUACGCAUCAUCA